UACGCAGCAGGCUCAGGUUCCCAUGCUCAUGCCACGCCCUCCUGGCCAUUGGCUAUAAAAGGUCCCAGUUGCCAGGCCUCGCCUUCAGUAACAGUUCGCAAUUACCAGCAGAAAUAUGAGCAAGAUUACGCUUUAUGGCCUGGAGGCUAGUCCACCAACUCGAUCCUGUUUGCUAGUCCUUAAGGCACUGGAGUUGCCCUACGAUUUUGUGCAAGUCAAUCUACUAGCCGGCGAGCAAUUGCAGCCCGAGUUUCUGCAAAAGAAUCCACAGCAUACAGUGCCCGUAGUGGAGGAUGACGAUGCCUGCAUCUGGGAUUCACAUGCCAUUCUCGCUUAUCUUGUGGGUAAAUAUGGAACAACCGAUGCACUAUAUCCCAAGGAUUACGCCCAAAGUGCCAUUGUGGAUCAACGUCUUCAUUACGAUUCGGGCACAAUGUUCACCUGCACCUUGCGAGCAUUAACCCGACCGAUUCUCUUCUUGGGCGAAACGGUGAUUGUGCAAUCAAAGAUUGAUGCAGUUGUCGAAGUCUACGAUUCGGUGGAGACUUUCCUGGGAGAUAACGAUUACGUCGCAGGUCCAGAACUAACCAUAGCUGACUUUAGCUAUAUCACCACCAUCUGCAGUCUGAUGGUCUUUGUGGAGCCGGAUGCAAGCAAGUAUCCAAAGAUUAACGCCUGGCUGGAGCGCAUGAAGGAAUUGCCCUACUAUGAGGAAGCGAAUGGAGUUGGAGCGGCUCAAUUUGAGGCUAUGCUUAAAUCGAAGAACUUUACAAUUGAAGCUUAAGAGCUAGAAAUGUUCUAGAAGUGGACAUUACAUAUUCAGUUGUUGUCUCUUCAUUGAUAAUUUAUGGUGAAAUACAAAGCGAAGAGCCGAAAAUAGUGCUGUGUAAUGUUUCCUCUCUUUGAACAAACAUUUAGCAAGCCCCAAGCAAAGAGAGCACUAAAAAGCUCUCU